GUGUACAACAACCUGGAGAUGCAGUGCUGAGCACAUGCCCAGAGGAAUUUUGUCAUCCAUCAAUUUUUUGUCAGUGAGGGUUUCCAUUACAGCAGUCACAGAUGGCUGCGCAGGGGAGGAUGGUCAUGCCGACUGUUGGAGCAACAGUCAGCAGGGGACGACCGACCGGCAACAAACUACAAAAUACUUCUUUUGAGCCAGGCCGAGCAAACUUCACUUCUUACAUCGGACAUCCCAGUGGGACGGGCUUCACAUCAAACCAGAGACCAGCCAUAUUCUACAGGCCCAGUUUGGACCUCAUUGAUAACCCUCGAUAUGGACUCCUGUUAUCUGACAGUUUCACGUCUCAAACUAAGCAGCACUAUCAGCCUCACAUCCGGUCUGACUGUUGGGGGUCCUUACCAAACCUCAUUAACAAACCCAGAGACAGCGGCUACUAUCAGUUGAGGAUUCACCCAAAGGCAGAGACUGUGGAGGAAAAGACAGAAUACCAAAGAUUGUUUGUGCCACACUGUCAAACACCAAAAGUUUCCCAGAACCAUAUGACGCUGAGUCCAAGAGGAGAAAGUGGUUUCACAGAGGGAACAAAACUUCAACUCAACACAUUUCAGGAAAAAAGCUGCAUGGUUGAACCUCUCCAGACUCACACCUCGGUGAUGAAAAAGGACUUCGUCCGGCCGUCAUUUCUGCAGGGCAAUGAGGCGAGACCGAGCGUGUGCAACAGCCGUUUCUCUCGAGAAACAGGAUUCAAUCGAGUUGCCAUGGCUCCUUUGGCCUGCCCAGCCUCCCACUUGCCCUCGCCACAGACUAAAAGCAAUGCACCAACUGCUAAGACCAUUGGAAAAAAGGAGCCAACAGGGGGUCUUCUCAAUGCUUCAAAACAGUCUUUCCCUAAGACACCUUUUGAUGGUUCACACUAUAACACGCAUUAUAAAAGCAUGUUCUGUCUUGAAAAGCUAAAACAUGGCCACACUAGUGCAGGAAUCAUCACUGCCAAAAUGGACAACGGCUACAAUCGGCGGGACAUGGACAGGUUCAUCUUAAGGGGUUAGAUCUUCAAACAACUUAGAUGGUACCUGCAACACUUUCAAUAAAAUGUGGAC